AUGAAAGCUGAUAGUUUUCAUUCUGUUUUUUCAGAUAAGCAUGCAAAAUACAAUUAAUUCAUAAGUUCUUAGCUUUUUAGUGGUUAUAAAGUUCGAGGAAAAGAUAAUCAAAAAAAAUAAUAUUUAAUUUCAAGCCCAUCAGGUGAUUAAAAAAUGACUAACAACUUUACAGCAUCAUAAAGUUAUUUAAAUGCUAUGAAAGCAUUAUAAGAAAAGAUUAAAUCACUUGAAUUAGAAAAUUUAAGUUUACAAACUUUAGUGGUAUAUAUAAAUUUAUCAAUUAGUCAUCAAAUGAUAAUAAGAGUGAUGUAAAAUAAAAUGACUUGAAGUUAAAGGAAACAAGUUUGCAUCUAAAAACAAAUGAAACUGUAUAAAUUAAAGGACUUGAAUAAAAACUAAUGCAACAGGAAUUUACUAAUAAAAUGAAGAUUGAAGAUUAUGAAUGUAAAUUAGCACAAUUAUAACAUAAUUUGCUAAAUAUUGCAUAACAAGCUGAUCAAAAAUUUAGAGAAUAUAUUGAGGAGAUCUAAAAUUUGUAAUUUUCUUUCUUUAUUAAGAAAUGAGUAAUUAAGGAUUUAAGAAGAAAAUAACUAAAACUAUAGGAAUAAAAUAAAUUCAUAUACCUAAACUCUUUAAUAAGAAAAAUAAGUAAAUAUAAAAUUGACAUAGAAUUAUUCAAAUUUAUAGUUCCUGUUUGAAUAAGAGAAAAAUGAAAAAAGAAUUUUGUUUGAGAAUACUGAAAAGUUGCAGUUAGAAUUUUAAAAAUUGAAAGAGAAACUAUUUGAGGCCGAUUCUUAUAUCGAAUAAUAUACAGAAUAUUAUAAUGAUAAAAAAUUUAGAAGUAAUAAAAUAAGUAAUUUAGAAUUGGAAGAUGAAAAUAAUAAAUUAAAAUAUUAAAUAGAAAAUAUGAAGAUAGAAAAUGAAUAACUUUAAGAAGAGAUUAAAAAUUUGAAAUUAAAUUUAGAUUUAAAAUAGAAGGAACUUGAAGAAUCAGAGUAUAGAAGAGUUAAAAAAUUUUCAGAAUCAAAUAUUAGAAUAGAGUAAUUAAGAUAAUAAUUACUUUCUUUAUCUUCAAAAUCUAAUAUAUCUACUUUAAGUCCAAGAGUACCUAAAAAAAAGAAUAUUAAGCAAAUAUCAUCUAAAUAAAUGUCAAUAAAGCCAUAAAAAGUUAGAGACUUACGUUAAAUAAAAAGCAAGAGCUUAAAUAAAUUAAUGGAUAAUAAAUUUUUAACUUAAUCAUAAUCAAUGCAAAACAAUAACUUUAUACAUUAAAAAUAAUAAGGAUAUGAUUCAUAAAGUAGUGGUGUUAGUAGAAUGAUAGUAAAAACUUUAGAAGAGAAUUAUCCUUCUUAAGGAAAAAAUGAAGAGUUUAAUCAUGCAAUUAUUAUUAGUGAUGAAAUCACUUAGACAGAUUAAUAAUUUUGUUUAAAACAAUAGAAAUAUAUUUAAGUUGUUGAAAGAAUUAAAUUUUUGGAUGAACUUUUGGCUGCACUAAAUUUAUAAUACUAAGAUAUUGAAGAACAAAUUCAAUAAUAAACAGAUAUGAAUAUCAAAAAACAAAAAAGAUAGAAAUUACUUGAGAUAAUUGAUUAAAUGUAAGAAGUCAAUAAAGAAUUAAAUGA